CAGAAGAAACAUGGAGUACGGGAGUAUUACCCUGACCAAAACGCAGAAGAGAGGACUUCAAGACAAAUGUGAAUGGAAGAGGAAAAAUGUUCUCUGUUCGAAGAACAUAAAGACGUUUCUCACAGCUUAUGGCGAGGUAUUUCAAAUGAGAAAGGGUGAACUCUUCCGGGGACUUGACCUGUUUGAUGUUCGUGACUUCAGAAAGGAUGUCAUCCAAGACACCAUAAGUACAUCUAGAUGUCAUGUCUCCCUAGACUCCUCUUGGCUGUGAAACUUCCAUCUGAUUUUGCAGGAGUCGUGGAGAAACCCCAGCAAUGGAAAAGCAGCU